UUUCCCCCAAGUUCACCUCCCAGGUACGCGCAAACCCCCCAGAAGCCUUUUUCUUCUUGAACGACGCGAAUUUUGACGCGUUGGGAGGCGCAAUUGCGUUUGCGCCUCGCCACCUUGUCCAUCAUCUCUCAUACCAAGCUCAGCUCCAAGCUUCAUGGAGCUACCCCUCAUUAUCACUGACCUCGUGUUCAACACUGCGAAGUCUCCAUCAACUCCUUUUUAUUGUUUCUGUCGCACGCAUGAUCCAUAAGGCCACCAACUCACACCCGUUUGCAGAAAUCAUUCAAAAUGCCCAAGGCUGCUGCUGGUAAGCGCGGUAAGGCCGAGAAGACCAAGCGCGGCAAGAAGGACCCCAACGCCCCCAAGCGAGGCCUCUCCGCCUACAUGUUCUUCGCCAACGAGCAGCGUGAGAACGUCCGUGAGGAGAACCCUGGUAUCUCUUUCGGUCAAGUCGGCAAGCUCCUCGGUGAGCGAUGGAAGGCUCUUAACGAGAAGCAACGCGCUCCUUAUGAGGCCAAGGCUGCCGCUGACAAGAAGCGAUACGAGGAUGAGAAGCAGGCCUACAACGCCGACCAGGAGGAGGAAGAGUCUUCCUAGAAGGGAGAUUAUGAAGUCAAACCAAAGCGUCGCUCGGCAAAGAAAUCUGAAUCGGACUAGUCCCAGCACUUCAGCGCCGCGUUGCAGGUUCUUCUGCUCGAGUGGACCUUCUUCUUUGUAUUUCGGUCUCGGCGGUGUUGUAUGAUGGCACAGGAAGAGUGCCUUGUUUUUUUAUUAGGGAUUCCAAGGGUUAAGGUCGUUCCACAUGUUAUUAUGAUCUAGAUUGCGGCCUAUCGAGCUGCGAGCUCCCAAUGAGAACCUGAUCACGAACUCUGGAGGGUCCAUGGGAUGAGGAAACGAGAUGCCUGUACAAGUAAGGGAGCUUCGGCAUAAAUAAUCGAAACUAUAAAACAUCA